CCGGCUCAUCGGCUUUCCCGGGGAUUUUCCGCGUCCGCCCGGUUGUCCGCCGCUCGGCUGACGUUUCACCAAUCGAACGGGCAUACGCGCGCUUUUCCGCUGCCGCCGCCGCCGUCGUCGUCGUCGUCGCCGUCGCCGUCGUCGCUGCCGGGCCGCAGACAUGUAUGGAUAACAUCAUAAUACCUACACAAGGUAUAGCCCAGAAAACAUCACUAUGGCACCAACGCUGCCAGAGUGGGCUUCCAUUGUCAAGAACAAAGUUCUACGAUUAUUUCAGGACCCAAAUCAACAACAGUACGAUGAAUUCGAAUUUGCAAACAAAUCACAUUUAGAAAAGUCUUCCAUUCCCUACACUGAAGAUUAUUCAGGUAGUGGUGAAUUCGGUCUACAAAGUCCUACCGAGUCGUUGGCUUCGCCCGUUCGUCCGCCACUUAGACACAUCGAUAAAUACAUCAAACCGGAAAUACCGAAUAUCAGCAAAAGAUAUACAAUAGCUAUACUAACAUGCGUCGGUUUCAUGAUCUCAUUUGGAAUGCGGUGCAAUAUGUCAAUGGCCAAACUGAAAUUUCACAUAGGAUCCGAUGACGAUAACGAUGCUCAGAACAAUAUCACCACGACUACAGCGCACACGCCUUUGGGUAACACGCCGAUUCACGAACGGCCGAUCAACUGGUCCCUUGGGUCGUUUGUCGCCAUCGAGAUGUCAUUCUUUUGCGGAUAUCUGAUCACCCAAGUGCCCGGCGGUUUUCUGGCGUCCAUGUAUCCGGCAAACAGAGUGUUCGGGAUCGCUAUUGCCAUGUCGUCCUGUUUGAAUCUAUUGGUGCCUUCGGCGACGGAGAUCGAGAAAUCUUUCUACGUAAUAGUCAUCAGGAUGUUUCAAGGACUGGUAGAGGGUGUUACGUAUCCAGCUUGUCACGGGAUUUGGAGACAUUGGGCGCCGCCGUUGGAAAGAUCGCGUCUCGCCACAAUAGCCCUUUGCGGUUCGUACGCGGGCGUGGUGGUCGGCAUGCCGCUGUCCGGUACUCUAAUCGACUGGUUCAGUUGGGAGGCACCGUUUUACGUAUACGGAGUGUUGGGGUUGAUAUGGUAUGUGUUCUGGCUGUGGCUGUGCUUCGAGAAGCCGAGCCUCCACCCCACCAUAUCGGCCAGAGAGUUGAACUACAUCGAAUCGUCGUUGGGCGCCGCCAAACAGUCUGCCGCGCCGACAAUUCUCAACACGCCUUGGAAAGAAUUUUUCACCUCCAUGCCUGUGUACGCCAUUAUAGUCGCUAACUUUUGUCGGUCCUGGAACUUUUACCUCCUCGUGCUGUUCCAAGCGUCGUACCUGCACUCAUUCAACUUUGAAGUGUCUGCAACUGGUUAUAUCGGCGCUCUACCUCAUCUGCUGAUGACCAUAGUGGUGCCCCUUGGAGGUCUGCUGGCCGAUCACUUACGGAAAAACGGUAUUCUGUCCACAACUGCUGUCAGGAAGAUUUUCAACUGCGGUGGUUUCGGCAUGGAAGCCACGUUUUUCCUGGUGUUGGCGAACGCUCGCACGCCACUUAUGGCCACGAUUGCCUUGACAUGCGGCGUGGCGUUCAGCGGGUUCGCCAUUUCCGGGUUCAACGUUAAUCAUUUGGACAUUGCGCCGAGAUAUGCCAGUAUAUUGAUGGGCAUAUCGAACGGAAUCGGAACGAUAGCCGGACUCCUGUGUCCAAUUGCGAUCAACAUCAUCAUCAGACACAAGACAAGGCAGAGCUGGAGUGAGGUCUUCAUACUGGCAGCAGUGAUUCACUACAUUGGAGUGAUAUUCUAUGGCAUAUUCGCUUCGGGAGAAUUGCAACCAUGGGCCGAGCCAAAGGUUGAAGAAGAUCAACAAAUGGAUGAGGUGAACGUCGACAAGAAGAGUAAGCUAUCGUCGUACGGUUCGGUCGAACAGUCGUCGGGCAAGGGGUUCGUGAACGCUGGUCUGAACACCAAGAGCAGCGCCGGCGAUGCCGAACCAGCGCCGCCGACCGACAACCCGACAAAUCCGUUUCUGGCCAAGCCCGCCGUCGCCGCCACCAAUCCGUUCGUUACGUCCGAAUGAUAACUUAAUACCUAUAAUAUUAUGUUAUAUUAUUAAUUAAUAAUAAUAAUUGAUGGAACGGAUAAUUCGAGUUCGGAUCGCACUGUAACGACGUCGAUUAUUCUUAUUACACGGAUAUUAUAUCAUAACAAUAUUAUAUCGUAUAGGCCGGUACUUCGCGAGCAAUAAUAGCCGUUAAUUGCGUAGUCUCGAUUGUGUUUUCUCUCGUGUAGUUGUUUUGUAGGUAUUAAAAUGAUAAUUUUUAGGUAGACAAUAAUAUUACAAUCGAUUUUGUCUCAAUCAUACGAUUUCAGUAAUAAUUAUUAGUAAUAAUCAUAAUAGUAUUAACGUACGUACUCACUCGUCGUUGCAUCUAUAUUAUAUUGAAUCAUAAUACAAUAGAACCUAGAACAUGAAUUUCGCGUUUAUCGAUAAACUGUAGUGCAAGUCGUAAUAAAUGUGCAUUUAUCGAUGGUCCCUUAUUUAUUAUCCUUAUAUUAUAAUAUACUGUCAAUUUCUUUUUAUACAAUAUCGAAUAAUAGAUACGGUCUUGUAAUGGUUGUUAUAAAUAUAUUAUUAUACAUAUAUUUAUGAUAUUUUAUAGUUCUGUUGUGCAGAUAGGCAUUUUAAAUUGUAUCCGAAAUUAUGAUACUUACGUAUAAUCCGGUACCAGAUUUAACACUAAAUUCGAAAAAAUUUUAUAAAAUGUAAUAUUCAGAGUACGUAAAUAAAAUAUAAUAAUAAUUAUGAGCUAAAACUGGCACAAUAUUAUGUCAGUUGAAUAAUAAAAAAUAAAAUAAAUUUGGUUUUGAAGAAAAAAUUGCUACAUGCCAAUUAAAGUUUAAUUAGUAAAAAGGUGCUCUUACACAUUAUUAUGCCAACGGUCAUUUGUUUAUUUGUUCACAAAAUUUUUUUGAAAAAUUAUUUGUAUCCUAGUUAGGUACAUCGGUAACAUUUGAAUGCUCUGAACAUUUUACCGGUAGUGUAAUUGAUAAUUAAUUGACCACUAUAACUGUACGUCAACAAAAUAUUUCUUAACUUUGGUAAUACCUAUCCGGCUACAUGAUCAUAAACAAAAUUAUUGAGUGUAAAGAACUUUAAGCAAAUUAUCAACUAUGUUAAUGGUGUACAACAUAAUUCGUUUUAACAUAAAACACUCAUUAUUAAAAAACUAUUUAUGUUUUUAAACAUAAUUUAUAUAACAACUAUUAAAAAAUAACAUUUUUCUAAAAAUAAUAUAUUUUUUAAAACUUUUUUUAAUGACACCGUGCAUUUUAUCAUCAUUUACUCCAAAACAAAAUAUCUUUUGGAAUACUUCAAAAAAAUUAUAUUUUGAACAAAUAAAUUAUGAAUUAUACGAAUUAGAAUUUAAAUGAGCGAAGCAGAGUGGUAAAAGGAGGGUACUGUGUGUAAGUACUUAUCAAAGUGUUAUAGUCUACUAUAAUACUACUUAAAGUAUUUAUAACUAAUAAAUUACUUGCCUGAAAUAAGAUUUUUAUACAUUGAAAUGAUCAAUUGAAAAGGUGUAUGUUGUCAUUCAGAAGAGUAAAAAAAAAAAAAAAAAAUAAAAAAUAUUUAACACCUUUUUAAUCUGUAGAUAAUACGUAAGUAUCAUAAUAAGUCCAUAAAUUACGAUGACGAUUAUAACAUACUAUUGUAUACUGUCAAUUUCUAUUUAUAGCAUAUAAUAAUAGAUACUAUUCCAUAAUAAAUGUUAAAUAAUAAUAGGUAUUAUGUGUUAAUAUUUGAACUCAAUAAUAAUAAGAUAGACAAACAUAAUAAGCUUCGUCGGCUCAAAUUCGCUGGACCGCGUUUUAUAUUUAAUAAUUUUAUAGGUAGGUACUAGGUGUUAGGUUAUAGGUUAAGGUUAAGUUAGACUUACUCAAACGGUUGUUGUAAUGCACGAUUUUUCUUUUAACGCAAAAUUGUAUUAAUAUUGUUUAUUCUCGGUCAGAAUCGAACGCACUUUGAAAAUAUGUGAUCAGUAAUAACGAUCUAGGUGCACAUACAUAAUACGUGUUAGGUGGGUAAUAUUUCGAACCGUCAUUUUCGAUUUAUGAGCUGAGAUUUUUGUCCACCCACACAUCGUGAUAAUCGUACGGCACGAUGUGUAACUGACACUCAUCGUGUGAUUCGUAAUAAAUAGUUACAUAAUAUCAUUAAAAGAUUAUGUAUAAGUAAAACGGUUGUGUAGGUUAUAGAAGACGGCUGAGAUACCUAAUAAUAUAACUCCCUCAUCUAUUGCUGACCAAUGGUUAGUGUGGCAUUAGAUUAUAAGUGUUAUGUUUUUUUAACGCUUAACUUAUUAAACUAUUUAAAUAAAAACUAUUUUAAUUUAUGGUAUUUAUAGGUACUAUAAUAUAGUUGUAUUAUUACGUCCAUUGCAUAUUUCGUAUGCGAUGAAAGCCUUUUCGAAAUUCGUCCUACUGUGAUACAAUAUAUUAACAUAUUGUUAUAUUAUUAUGCAUGACCCGCGCAAUCCAUAGAUAUAUAAUGGGGAGGGCUAGUGCGCUAUAUAUUUUCGUCGUUUCAAUAAAACUGAGAUAUCAGAUUUAGAGAAUACGACAAUAAUAUAAUACCCCUUUAUAUACGACGGAUAAUAGAAUUAAAAUUUUAUGUCCUACUGAUCCCUCCCCCAAUCGAUUCGAUAACCCACCAUGUCAAGAUGAAAUCAAACUUCCCAAUAAUUUCUUUUUUUCAAGUAUUAAACGUUAUUUUUUUUUUAUUUGCUCGCACAAUUUCUUUUAGUUCUAUUAGUUUGAUUUAAAAUCCUGUAAAUUAUAAGAUAUUUUUAUGAAGUUUUUUGUUUAUAUAAUGUCAAUUAAAACGUCAUACUAUAAAAUACGAUUCUGUUGAUUUCUUCGCUGAAUAUUAAUUAUUGUAUUAUUUCAUAAACAACAUCAAUAAUAUAAUAUAUUUGAAUAAAAUUCCCUCAAACGAGUGUUUAAUUAUUAAAAAAAAAAAACAAUUUACGUCCGUUAUACUCAACACAAAUAGGUACAUCAAUAAUUCUCCAGAUUUCGUGUUCUCUAUUGGUUCAAACUAUAAGAAAAACGAUCUAUCACACAAAACAAUACUAUAACAUAAGUAAAUAUUAUUAUUGUUCAUUCUCGUACAAAAUUCGCACGCCUUGGAAAAAUAAUUUUCGUAAAAAUUAACAAAUGUUAAAACUUAAAAAAAAAAAAUAUAAUAUUGAAAACGAAAUUUUAUACACCGAACAGACAUUGUAAAUUUCAAACGAUUUUCUUUUAAAUUGCCCAUAUAUGAAUACUACAACAUUACUAUAAUACUCUAUUAUAAAUCAUGUUUUUGUGCUUGAUUAAUUCACCAGCAUACGUGUAUAAUGUAUAUUUUACCGUAAUAAUAUACGUUUAAUACUAAACACUUACCGCGUCCAUAGUCAUGGUGUAAUAAUAUUAUAUAGAAAUAGCUGGUAAAAGAACCGUCAAACAUUUCAAACGUCUCUUUGGCCGUUAGCUUUUAAAUACAUAAAGUUAAAAAAAUAUAAUAUCAUCAGUUUUGUUCUAUAAAUACAUAAUCUUCAUUCAUAUUCCGUAUUGUACAUUUUUAUGCAUAAUCAAUUACGAGUAGUUAUAAAGUUCUGAAAUACAAUUUAAUACUUAUCUACUAGUGAAAACGUUUAGACGCAGUUGUCACUCGAUUUAACCAACUUUUACCAUUUAUUAUUGUAAAUUUAUCGGUCUUUAAUAACUACAUUUCACUCUAUUGUUAUAUUUUUAGUUUAAAAUAUUACCAAUAUUAUUAUGCUUGUUAUAGGUAUGCGUAUUAAUAUUUCUUAUUAAAUAUAUUAUUGAUAUGAAAUUAAUUGUUUAUUAAAUGAAUAUUUGUAAUUAUUUUAUGAUGUACCUAUUAAUAAUAUUAUAAUAUUAUGUAUUUAUAAAUUAUAUAAUUAUUUAAAACGGUUAAGAAUUAAUAUUAAUAAUAUACGAUUAAGACAUGAGAUAACUAUUUCUGUAGUUAUCUCAAGGCUGACACGACAAUAAAUUAGAAUUAAGUUAGGUGUUAAGGAAUUUGUUUUUGUUUGUUAUUUUAAUUUUAAUGUUUUUAGUUUUUAGACUAGUCAAUUUUAUUAAUUAUUAUUCUUCGUUAAUUGAUUAGGUAUUGUAUUUUAUUUUGUUAUGCUUUUCGGUUCAAACAGUGUUCGGUUACAUAUUAUAUAUUUCUCUAAUAACUUUAAAUACGACGAUAUGCCUUAAUUCUGACAAUAAUAAGUCGAUAAUAAAAUGAUAAUAAUUAAACGAUAAGGACGAAUUUAAAUAGCACUCGUUAUAUACACAAAAAUGACAUCAAAGUCACCCACGAAAGACAGAAAACAAUUAUUAUUAUAAUACAUUACCUCAAUAAAUAUUAAUACGCACUAAAAGAAAAACUAAUAAUAUUUUCACACUGCACUAGUUACACGAAAAGCACAUACGAAUAAGGUACGUGGACAAUAACAAUGAACGAAAAAAAAAUUAUUAUAAUUUGUUAUGUAAUAUAAUAAUAUGAUACCUAGACGUAUUUUUUUGUUAUAUAUUUAAUAUAGAUACUUAUUUAAGUGUAAAUAAUUUUAUAUUAUGUUUUAUGAUUUUUAAGUCGAUUGUUCUACAUUGUAUGAAGAACACUAUUCGAGUUUAGACAAAAACGUAAGUUAACUUGUAAGUAUAAUAAUAUAAUAAUUAUAUUUGUAUUUUAGGCUAAUCACAAUAAUAAUUCUCAUUAUCGCUUUAAGUAAACUUUGAAGUAGAUGAUCCAUGACAUAAUUGUUUGUUUUCUUUUAAUUGUUUCGCGACAACGGUUUUUACCUAAUAGUUGUUACAAUUCAAAAUAUAUUGUAUUUAUUGCAUCAAUAGUCUCAUAAUGAAGUAUAAAAUUAUGAGUAACAACUUAUUUUUCGUUCUAAGCUAAAUGCUAACAAAUUAUACUAAUAUUUUAAAACAACGAUGUUAUUUUAAUAAUAAAUAUAUAUAACAGUACGAUAAUCUUAGAAGAACUCGUUUUCAUAAAAUUUCCACAGCAGUUAAACAUAUUAUACAUAUUAUAUAAUACUAGGUAUAUUUAGAUUUGUUAAUCACUGAAAUCUUACUCAAAUUCGUAGCACAAAAUAAGCUUACACUGUAAACCGUUUUUUAUUCUCCAACUUCGGAAAUAAUAAUAUUUUAUAUCUUACAGUGGCACUGGGCGAUUACACUUCAUUGUCCGUCACUCGUUCUGACCCUAUUGCAGCAGACUACCAUUUUAGAUAAUAGCAUCUCCAGUUGAUUACGAUUGCAGUUUUUAAUUUUCCAAAUUUCACCUACUUACUUAUCAAAUUUUAAAUUACAUGGUCAUUGUCAUUGUACAACGGGAAUCUUUACUCUCCAUACCUCACCCCAUCCGAAAUUAAAUCCCCGAGUAUACAAAACGUUAUAAUAUUUAUCAUCGAACUAUAUUACGACGAAAAAAAUAAUAUUACUUACCUAAUAUUACCUAGUUACUUUAUGAUAUUGUGUUCUUAUGAUUGUAAUCCUGCGUUGACGCAAUAAUUAUCACGGAUAUUGCGAUAAAAAAACUGAUCGGCAAAAUAAGCAAAUACAUUUUACUAUAAUCAUUAAAGACAAUAUUAUUCAUAAAUUCGACUCGGAUAAGUUUUGUUUUACUUAUCGUCCUAUUAUAUAUAUUAUCGUUAUCGGUAUAAGUAUAACAUGUUACCCAUAGGUAAUAUAAUAUAAUAUCAUAAUCCGUUCUGUUUCCAGCUGUUUGUAACGGUAUGAUCAUGUUGUUUACGAGUCGAAUAUAUUUGUAUACGUUUUAAGAUAUUAAGACGUUUCAUUUUACCAUUAUAUUAUUAUUGUAUUUAAAAAAAAAACAAAAAACAAAAAACAAAAAAAAACAAUAAUUAUUAUAUUACACACACAUAUACAAAUACAACUAUUUAAUAUGUAUGAUGUAUCUACAUAAAUGUUUCGUUAUAUAUACUUAGUACCUACCUAAAAUAUUUUACCAUUCUUACCACUUAGCCAAACAUUCGUUCAAUAUAACUUUUAAAUGUAUUUUAGUGUUUUACGAAUAUUAUGUACUAAUUCAUUGUUCUUUGAUCAUAAUAAUAAAAUGUGGUCUCUAUAUUAUAUCGUUGUUAACUUCUGUCCCCUUUCGUUUACGACUAUUACCUGUUUACACACCAUUAUAUUGUAAUAGUUUAUUAUAGAUUCCAUUAUUAUUAGCUAUAUAAAUUAUAAAAUACUUACAAUAUUUUAUCCAACAUAAUAUUGUACGUGUUAUUAUUGAUUUUAUAAUUCGAUCGAUUUAUUCUAGUGUUAUAUUAUAUACGUUUUCAGUCAUAUUUAUAAAAUUUAAAAUAUAUAUUUAAGAAUUGCCAUUAACAAUGUAUCAUUCAUUUACAUUUUUAGUCAUGUGUAACAUUUUAAAUAUUUUGUUCCAACACAUAAAACAUUAAACAAUUUCGAUUUUAAA